UGUGGAUGGCGCGGCCAGCUUCCGGUUUGGACCGGGGACGCUCUUGCCAGGCUUGCUGCGGGAAGACCCGCGCGCCACUCGUUGGUUCUUCCCUCGGCGGAAAGAUGGCGCCGGCGGGUCCCUCUGGAAAGCUGGAAAAAUAUGAGGUAAGAAGACUUAUGACAGCAUCUUCCUUUCUCUGACAGCAUGAUUUGCCUUCUGGCUGUGUCAGAUGCUAGCUAUCCUGGGACACUCUCCUCUUGAACAAGGUGUUAUGGAUCAUGAUGCCCCAACCAUUAAGCCUCGACGGAUCCAGAACCAGAAUGUAAUCUACCGCCUAGAACGUCGAAGGAUCACCUCUGGCAAGACGGGGACCCACUGGCACCAGGUCCGCAUCUUCCAUCAAAACGUCUUCCCCAACUUUACGGUGGUCAAUGUUGAAAAGCCGCCCUGCUUUUUACGGAAGUUUUCCCCUGACGGAAGAUACUUCAUUGCCUUCUCUUCAGACCAGACUUCUUUAGAGAUCUAUGAAUACCAGGGGUGUCAAGCGGCUGAGGACCUCCUGCAGGGCUAUGAGGGGGAGAUUUUAGCCAACGGCAACGACCAAAGGUCCAUCAACAUUCGUGGCCGGCUCUUUGAACGCUUCUUUGUCCUCCUGCACAUCACCAACGUGGCCUCCAAUGGCGAACAUUUGAAUCGUGAAUGCAGCCUGUUCACAGAUGACUGCCGCUAUGUCAUUGUUGGCUCUGCCGCCUAUCUGCCUGAGGAGCCCCAUCCUCCCUUUUUCGAGGUUUACCGCAACAGCGAAUCGGUGACCCCUAACCCAAGAUCGCCGUUGGAAGAUUACUCCUUGCACAUCAUAGAUCUUCACACAGGCAGGCUCUGUGACACCAGGACGUUCAAAUGUGAUAAAAUCAUCCUGUCCCAUAACCAAGGACUCUAUCUCUAUAAAAAUAUCCUAGCCAUUCUCUCUGUCCAACAGCAAACUAUCCAUGUCUUUCAGGUAACCCCAGAAGGCACCUUCAUUGAUGUACGAACUAUAGGGCGCUUUUGCUAUGAGGACGACCUGCUCACGCUUUCUGCUGUCUAUCCGGAAGUCCAGAGGGAUUCCCAGACAGGCAUGGCAAACCCGUACAAAGAACCAUUCAUAAAUUCUCUCAAGCACAGGCUUUUGGUCUACCUGUGGCGAAGAGCAGAGCAGGACGGGAGCGCGAUGGCCAAAAGGAGGUUCUUCCAGUAUUUUGACCAGCUGAGGCAGCUGCGCAUGUGGAAGAUGCAGCUGCUGGACGAGAACCAUCUGUUCAUCAAAUACACAAGCGAGGAUGUGGUCACGUUACGGGUGACGGACCCUUCACAGCCGUCGUUCUUUGUUGUCUACAAUAUGGUGACCACCGAGGUGAUUGCCGUCUUCGAGAAUACGUCGGACGAGCUGCUGGAACUCUUCGAGAACUUCUGCGACCUCUUCCGAAAUGCCACACUGCACAGCGAGGCGGUUCAGUUCCCCUGCUCGGCCUCGAGCAACAACUUUGCCAGGCAGAUCCAACGCCGAUUCAAGGACACCAUUGUGAAUGCAAAGUAUGGCGGCCACACGGAAGCUGUGCGCAGGCUGCUCGGUCAGCUUCCCAUCAGCGCCCAGUCCUACAGCGGCAGCCCUUACCUCGAUCUCUCCCUCUUCAGCUACGACGACAAGUGGGUGUCAGUCAUGGAGCGCCCCAAGACGUGCGGCGACCACCCUAUCAGGUUCUACGCACGUGAUUCAGGCCUUCUGAAGUUUGAAAUCCAAGCCGGGCUCCUGGGCCGGCCCAUCAACCACACCGUCCGACGCUUGGUCGCCUUCACUUUCCACCCCUUCGAGCCCUUUGCCAUCUCGGUCCAACGGACGAACGCUGAGUACGUGGUGAACUUUCACAUGCGGCACAGCUGCACGUAGCGUGCCCUUUGCCUGGGGCAGCUGCGGACAUGGCGUAGGCCUGCGUUUUGUCUCAGACACACCAAAGCUAGAUUCGUGUUCCAGGAAACCAAAGGUGCUAAGAGUGCUUUGCAUCUCAGCAGAAGGCAUUUGGCUUCUGUAAGGCAGCAGAGUCUGGCUUGCCCAGAGUGGUCCUCCUCCUCUUCUGGACUCGGACCUUCUGUAACAAUUGUAUUGCAAAGUCCUUCUGCUUUGAUAACAUCUGCAGUUUAUUGACACUUUUUAUUACUUGGUUCCAGAGGCAGGUGAACGUAGCAGAACAACAAAAAAAGGACCAUUCCCAUUUCACCAAGGAGUGUAGGCUUCCCAUUUCUCAUCUCCUGAGUCCUCCUACCACUUCCUCAGGUCAAGAAGCAUUUCGCACAAUUGCUGUCUACCAUCCCUAACCUCCUAAGCCAUACUGCCUCCCUAAUCUGCCCACGUCCUGAGUGCUGGAUGGGUUGCAGAGAGAGGUGAGAAGAAAGGUAUCUCUUUGGUUGCUCCCUGCUCUGUCAUCCUCGUUGCCACUCUUGCUCCUGAGAAUGGUUAGAAGCCAGCCUGUUCACCUCCUCGCUUUGUCCGUAAUGGCUUGCAGAGGCUGGGUUAACACCUGAACAAAGUGGGAGAUUCUCUUUGAGAGAUGGUUGGUGCUUCCAUUCCCCCUGUAUUGCUUGUUGCUUUUCGUGAGCACGUCUGACUCACAAAAUGGGAGGGUCACACGAUACGCAAGUGUCUGUGUGUAUGCAGGUACAGAGCAAGUUGGAAGGCUUCUUGUUAAACCCUUGCCAUUAGGUAGCUGGGUCCAUACUUUCCAUUCUGUUUAUAAUCCGUUGAGUGACUCAGUUUUCUUAAUACUUCCCUUUAGGUUCUUGUAGGGAUACGGCAUUAGAUUUAAGGUCAGGACAGAGGAGAUGUGGUAGGAAGUGGACCCGCUUUGUCCUAAGACAUUGCUGUCUCUGAUCUGAGACUAUAAAGACUAUUCUGGGGGAAAAAAACCAAGGACCUCUAAUCUUGCCUCUCUUCCCCAGAAUGGUUUAUUUUUCGACAUUUAUUGGAACCCAACAAGCAGUUCAUAAACAGGGUGGUGCCCCCUUUAGUUGUGUCACCCAGCAACUCGAGAGCAAAGCUAUAUCAUUUUUGGCACUGAAUACAGGACUUGCAGCGUGAAUGGUAGCCGGUGUGGCAUCUUAACUUUUUCCUGCUUUUGUUCACUAUGUUUUCUUGGCUUUUUCUUCCUCUCCAGCCACGGCCAUGCAUAGGUUUCCUCGUGACUGCUAAAAUCACUCAGCAGUAUCUGGAUCUGAUGGACAGAUUCCCACCCCUUAACACUUUUCCAAAUUCAAGUAAUAAAAAGAAAAACAAAGGGGGGGGGGACUUGUAGCACCCCCAGAAAGAUAAAACAGGUGAGCUCUAGAUGACACCAGGGCUGGCUUCUUUCUAGAAGGAAAAACAAUCAAGUCGAGGCUGUUGUUCUUUGGGCAUAUCACAAGAAUAAAAUACUUUCUGGAUAAAAAAAACAAUAAUGCAUGGAAGGGUGGAAGGCAGCAGGGAAGGAGGAAGACCAAAGAUGAGGUGGACUGACUCAGGACAGGAAGCCGUGGCUUUGAGUUUGCACGAUUGGAGCGGGACGUCUAACGAGAGGACUUUUUGGAGGCCACUUAUUGACAAGGUCUCCAUAAGCAGGAAACAACCUGAUCAUGUGCAGCAUUUCGAGCUUUUGUGUGUUAGAAUCCUCUUCAUCAGACACCAGUGUCUGAAGAGUUCCUGGCAGUACCGCAAGUUACAUUGAUGCUUAGACUCCACUGGUGAGAAGCUGGACAGAUGUUAUGUGGGAGAUGGGUGUUUGCCCUUCAGAGCAGCCUUGAGUUGGCUCCCAUUCUUCUCAGGGCCAUGAUGCGAGGAACAUGGUGUUUAACGCUUACAUGUGGUUUCCUGACUCAAAAUUUCCUCCAAAGCCAAUACUCAACUUCCCAGGUGGCGUGCAAGGAAGGUCCUAUAUCAUAGGCUGCAAGGUUCCAAGAAGACCAAAGGAGGCCCCCACCGAGUCUGUUUGUAAAGCACUCCUGGUUCAUUUGUUAGGCAACCCACCCAUGUCAAGUGCCAGCAUCGAUAGACGAGGCAGUCACGAGGUCUCAGAUCGGUUGCACAGAGGUUGGGUCAGAACUGAGGAAGAGUGGAGGGAGGGAUCUGUAUUAAAAUGCUUGAUUGCGGCCGCUCUUGGCAUGCACAGCCUCAGCUGCCCACCUGCAGCGCUCUUAGCCUUUGAAAAAGACGGAAGAGAAAAGUUUCUGCGGCAUUGCUCGGUUUCUGCAUGAUCUGUUGAUGUGAAAUAUGUGCUAAAUAGAACGUAUUUGUGGGGCAGAGGGCAGGGGAUGAGUACAGUAGGCUGACACCGACAAAAGAUGCUUUGACCCAUAGCAUCUUUUGCUUCAUCCUUAAAUCUUGUGUGCUUCUUAGGAACGUGGACAAAUUUUGCUAAGAGUGCAGAGACUGGAACCUCAAUUUUUUUUUAUUUCACCAGAGAUGCUUGUAAAUCUCUUCCUCACUUGAAUUCAAAAUGAAAUAAACUACAGUUCUAUUUUUUUAGUGCUGA